AUGCUCGGCUUCAGCGUCUUGCUCGUGUGUUUAGCCGCUAUAAUCGGUUGGUCGGCUGCUGCGAAGGCGGGCGCCACGCCGAGAUGCGCCAACGACACCGAGGUGAUCGACUAUAUCCUCUACGACACGUCUUUACACUACAAUCAAUAUAAAAUCCCUGCCAUUCCUGUUGACGUGCGGGUGGAGAUGUGGGUCCAGGAAAUCACGUCCGUAUCGGAAAUGACGCAGGAUUUCCAGAUUGACGUUUACAUGAACGAGUUUUGGCAAGAUCCGGGGCUCGUCUACGAUCACCUGAAUCCCUGUCAUCGAAAUAUUUCCUUCGACUAUACGAUGCUGGAGACGAUCUGGACACCGAACACAUGCUUCGUCAAUUCGAAGACUGCCCAAAUUCACAAGUCGCCGUUCGUCAACAUUUUUCUAAUGGUUUUCCCCAAUGGCUCUAUCUGGUCAAAUUGGCGAAUCAAAACGACGGGACCGUGCGAGAUGGAUCUCUCAAAAUUUCCGAUGGACUCGAUCGAUUGCAACCUCGUCUUUGAGAGCUUCAACUAUAACAAUAAGGAGGUCCGAAUGCGAUGGACCGACGUUCAAAUCGAUAUCUUCAAAGCAAUCGAAUUGCCCGAUUUCUCGAUGGUCCACUACUACGUCAACAACUCGGCGAAGCAAUAUGCGGCCGGAAGUUGGGACGAGCUGUCGGUGAAGUUCCUGUUCCGGCGCCGCUAUGGGUGGUAUUUGUUGCAAGGCUAUAUUCCUACCUACAUGACAACGUUUAUUUCGUGGAUACCGUUUUAUCUCGGGCCCCGGGCCAUCCCAGCUAGGACCAUGAUCGGAGCGAUUGACGUCUGGAUGAUGGGCGGCAUCUUUUUUGUGUUUGCCUCGCUGGUGGAGCUGGCGUUGAUUGGGUUCAGCAUGCGAAAGGAGGACAAGCCGGCGCAAACAAAACGGCCGACGCGGCGCUGGAACUUAUCAGGAGGCAGCACAGAGCCCGCCCCUCCGACCCCACGACUGAAAAGGGGGGAAACGAUGGACCUGUACGCGAGGAUACUGUUUCCAUGUGCGUACUCGUUCUACAAUUUUGUCUACUGGGGCAUUUACAUGCGAUCAGCACUUCAGAACGCGACCGUA